AUGAGACGUACGCCAUCCUCCUCGACCAUGUCCCGGCGACCGUCAGAGACUCAGACAUCUAUCCAUCAUUCGUCGGUGAGCGAAGGAGACAAAAGAUGACAUGCGCACCAUUGCUUGCGUUUAUAUGUGUGGUUCAGGCUACAAUGCUGUUGGCGAUUUCCUUUACCUCAACCUGCGACUCGCCUAUCCAGUCAGGCGAUUGCUUGCCCUCAUGACAUCCAUCAAAGUCACGGACUUGUACGAGACGCAAUUAAGAGGAGACUCUCUUUCUGCUCACAGCCACGAAGCAUCUCAUCAAUGCGCGUGUGUGGUUUGUGUGUGUCGAUGCGAUGCAGCACGGUUAAGCUGCUGCACCCCGUCAAGUUUCAUUGCGUGCCGUCAGUGCAGAUGAACAACCAGGGGGAAGGCAAGUGGUACAUCACUGUGUCAUUGCCCAUCAUGGAUGUCGCCCCAUCCGCAGGUCCGCACUCACACCAGUCGAUGCUGCUCUGUCUUCUGCCCUUUCACGUGUGUGUGUGUGUGUGUGUGUCAACAGGGGUGCAACCGUCCGUGAAAGAGCUCCGGCCCGCCAGCUUAUCGGUCAAGUAUCUCAACUCGUGAGUGACACAGAGAGAGAGAGAGAGAGAGAGGAUGGUUCAUUUUCUGUGUGAAUGAUUGUUCAUUUUCUGUCCCUCAGUGAGGCAUAUGGAAGUCUGCUGACAGAGAAGGUCGGCAGCUUUGCCGCACUCGGCAAAUGAGAACGACGCUGAAUG